AUGAUGUAAAAAUAUUUUGAAUGUUAGUUAAAUGCCUGAAUCAUAAUUAGGAUCAGUUAGGAUGAGACCUUCGUAAAUACAAAUAGAAGAUGAUUAAUAAGCAUCAACUCAAAGACGAAAUUUUUUAUCUCCAACAUU